AUGUUGAGGCGAUACCGGACCUCGCUGAGGUCUCUGGGCCAGCAGAAAGGUGUUUUCGUGCUAGCCGUCGUCAUUGUCAUCGUCCUCAUGAAAACACUUCUCCCGCUCCGGUUCGGAUUGAACGCUCGCGAUAAGCGGCUGCACAGUGGAGACCGGCCGCGAUACCUUCAUCACUCAACAUUUCGAGCAGAACCUGACCAUCGCUACGAGACCAAGCUGUCCAAGGCGCUGCGCGAGCUGGAGAUAGAGGGCCAGCUCCGCGGCAAUGCGACCGCACCCCAGACGCUGUGGCAGAUCAUGCUGGGGCAAACCGCGGGCGCGCAGCAGCGAGGCGAAGAUUCCAUUCUUUUUCAGGAGAAGAAUUCUGACUGGGAAUAUAUGCUCGUGACAAGCGAAUGGGCUGACAGUUUUAUCACUGAAACUCUGGCAUCCAUUCCAGAUCUGGCUUAUCUGUACGAAAUGUACCCACACAACGUACUUCGUGCCGAUUUGCUUCGCUAUCUUAUACUAUGGUAUUAUGGUGGCUACUAUUCAGAUAUGGAUAUCUUUCCGGCGCGGUCCAUCAAGUCGUGUCCCGCGUUACGAGAUGCGGGAUUCGCUGAUACUGUAGACCCAGAUAUAUCACUAGUGGUCGGAGUGGAGAUCGAUGAGCCUUUUGCGUCACCCCAAAAGAUGCAUGAUUGGCAUUGGGUUCGAAGUUAUGGCUUUGUUCAAUACACCAUGUAUGCGCCACAGCGCUUCAGCCCACUUCUUAGGGAGAUCAUCGUCCGGGUGCUGUCACACACUAGACGUCACAUCGACCAAAGCAACUUUUUCUUAGGCGCUAGGUACAAUGAGCUGGCUACUUUAGAAAUUACCGGACCCGGGGUGUUCACAGAUGCCGUCCUGGAUGUCCUUUCUGACACUCUUCCUGCCAGCCAUCCUCUCAUCCAAGAAUCUGUGAAGGCUGACGCGGGCCUUGGAGAUAUGGUCCCUCCGUCGGGGGCUUCUCCUAUUCAGCGCGUGACAUGGGCACCUUUCUACCGGCUUAAAUUGCCUCGCUGUAUCAAAGGGUCCGAUGCAAAACUAGGAAAGCAACUGGGAGGUCUGUGCGUUCUUCCUGUGAACUCGUGGGGUAAUGGACAAAGACACAGCGAAGCGGAAGGAUUCAAUAGUCCCCAAGCCUGCGUGAACCAUCGCUUCGGAGGGACUUGGAAGCCCUGGAAACAGAGCUGGCAGAAAUACCUGUUGGGGUAA